GACAAACUACUGGAGUUCUCAAGACUACAAAAUUGUAAAAGUCCAGGCCCCGAGUUAGGGGGAGAACACCCUCGUUUAACAACUGGACUCGAUAUUUGGCCAUCUUAAUAUUAUUCCUCAUGAAGAAACAUCAAAGGUUGUUGAGCGCCAUUUUCAUGAUUUGUCACAAAGAUACGGAGAGAUUGUAGCAGUAGACUUGACAGACAAGCAUGGUGAUGAGGGUAAACUAAGUGCAGCUUAUGCUGCAGAGAUGCAAAAGCUCUCAAAUGUGAGAUAUGUGUCAUUUGAUUUUCAUCACAUAUGUGGGAGCUCAAACUUUGAGAAUCUACAGCUUUUGUAUGACCAACUCUCAGAGGAUUUUGAAAAGCAAGGCUGAGCAGAUAUUUCUUGGUCGAUGAAGAAGGAAAGAUACUAGCAGAACAGAAAGGAAUAAUUAGAUCUAACUGCAUUGACUGCCUUGAUCGUACAAAUGUAACACAGUGCUAUCUUGCAAGGAAAUCAUUGAAUUCUCAGCUGCAGAGACUUGGAGCCAUUUCUUCCACUGACUGUAUCUCUAUGUUUAACGAAGAUUUUGAAACAUUUAAAACAUUGUGGGUGCAACAAGGUGAUGAAAUCAGUCUGGAAUAUUCUGGAACAUUUGCCUUAAAGGGAGAUCUUGUCAGAUAUGGGAAACAGACUAUGUUAGGACUAAUUAGAGAUGGGAUGAGCGCCCUCUCAAGAUACUUCUUAAAUAAUUUCCAGGAUGGAGUUCGGCAGGAUGCUGUGGAUCUUAUUAGUGGUCGUUAUACUAUAAAAAGGGGAUGUUCCUCUCCUACCGUCCAUAACGGAUUUGAUUCCAUUACGUAUCUUCCGGUUGCAUCUGCUCUUUUAAUUGGAGGAUUGACAGUGACGACCGUUACAUUGAACCAAGGGAGAAGUAUGCAAAACGUAUUGCCCUCUAUACUCUGUGCUGGUGUCACUGCUGGAGUGAUGGCAGUGGUGAAAACAAAUGGCAGGCUGUUCUGUUCGAGGCCUCGGUUAUGCGGGCUUCUGUAAGAUACGUGCAUUUUUGUUUAUCAUGAACCAAAAUGACAAGAAAUAAGGAUUGAAAAUAUUGCUAAAUCCAUGGUGAGUGAAUCAUUUGUAAGCUUGGUUUAUGUUGUGCCUUGUACAUUUGUACGUGUUUAUCCCUGGGUGCGUGAUAUACUGUAAAUUUGGUUGUUUUCUAACGACUUUUUCAUCUUCAUUUUUUCUUUCUUUUGCCCCUCUCAAGCUAUAUCUCCCUCUUUCCUUUUAGAAACAUUAUUGUGGUUAAUAUUAUUUCCUACGACACAACUUACAUUUUAUUAAAAACUGUGGAAUGUC